AUGUUAAAAGGCGGAUUCGCACCGAUCCAAACAAGUGGAUGUCUAGACAUUGGCAUGGAAACAGAUAGGAAACAGGCGCGACGAUCCCAACUACGACGUGAUGAGUUGCAUCAGGCGCCUGCAGUAACGUCCGAGAUGCGAAAUGUGCUCCAGUACGAAGCUGCUCCAGGAAGUAAAAACAUUCAUCGUGUUCUUCGCUCCGGGGGGAGCUUUGAUACCAUAUGCAGCUCAAUUGGCCCAAAUGGUUGGGAGAUGGAUCAGGUCGAUGAGCACGAUCCUGAACAGCUUGAGGAUGCUGUUACGUCCGGUUGGUGCGACAAGGGGCAACAGUUCAAUGUAGGUGGCAAACACCCCGCCCAAAGUGGACCGGAAAGAGCACCGGUACGCUUAAUGGUUGCACGUUUGGUACCGAUAUCGAUCCGGCCCAAGAAUAAAAAUCCCCAAGUUGUCAAUGUGUGCCAGACGUUUCGCUUUCCGGAUAAUUUUAUCACGCAAACCAAUGCCAACCGUUUGGCGCAGCAUCAGGAACAGACCUUUAACGAGCAGCAAAAUGGAAGCAUACCGACUCGCGAGGAUCGACAACAGCAUCUGAGCUCUCAGUAUGGGAUUUCCGGUUUGGGUGGAUUCUAUGGCAUUAAUCGAAACCGUCAACGCAGUAUGCAUAGUCAGACUAGUCGCACAUUGCUCGAACUGGUCGAGGCAGAACAAAACCUACAACAUCAGUCACAGAAACCAUCCGUUUUACCUCGCACCGUCUUUGUUCCGCCGCGUACGGUACAAGAGAUAUUACUUAGCGGAAGUGAGUCGACAAUCAGCGGGAUGCGACCAGAUCGAAAAGGAGCGUUUACGCUGGGACGUGAUCAUCAGCACGCAAGAAAUGUCCACCCAUUACACAUUCCUUACUUCAACAAAACGAAAGUGGUGGACGGUGGUACUACCAUGGAGUGCCAUUACGGUAGAAGUAGUAAGAAUACGGGCAAUGCAAAACAGCCAAGUCAUGUGCUCGUUAAGGGCAAGACAAACCCACAGAAGCUGAAGUACGAGGACUCCCUGGAGUCACCGUUCGUGGGGGAUCCUCACGCAACCAUUUCGGGGCGUAGCCGGCGACAAAAUUAUAUCGAUAAGCAAUCCUUAGACGACGAUGGGGAUUCCGUUGUAAAUAGUGCCUGUAGCGAAUUGGACGAAUUUGAGGACCAAGAAAUGGAGCGUUUGGAUUUCGAAGAACAAGACCACGAACAGGAAGAGGACAGCGAAGAGGACGCACUAGAAAGUAUUCACGAUCACCGUCGAAAUGGGCAUGCACGAGGGGGAAGAGUGACGGGCGUCAAAGAUGUAGGAAUUUCCGCUAUCGUGGAUAAGCUCCAGGACAACGUUUGGGAGGUGUGUUUGGAAGGGAUAUGGGACUUGAUGGAUAUAUCGAGUCGAAUUGACUGGAAAGCGCAGGAGAAGUACAUAACCGUUAUCAACCGGAAGCUAAUUGAAUUUCUGAAAUCACCUCGUACUGCACUGUGCCGCUCCGCGUGUCAGGUGUCUGGAGAGCUGUUCCGCGAAGCGAAAUCCACCAAACGUCCCGAGUUCGAUGAAAUAGUCGACAUUCUCCUAUGCAAGACGGCUGACCCUAACCGAUUCAUCCAAAAGGAUGCGAAUGUGGCGCUGGAAAAACUUGUGACGCACAUUCCAAUACCACACACGGUUCGAGCGUUAUCGAUUCGAGGAACUAUACACCGCAAUCCAUUGGUUCGAACGGCCACGGCUCGUCUUCUGGUGUGCAUUUGUGUCGUCGCUGGAUUGGAGACCAUCCUUGGCACGACUGCCAACACGCGAACGCGCAAAACUAUUCUUUCGAUGCUAGCGAAGAUACUUACGGAUAAAAACCAAGAAACUAAGAAAUUCGGGGAACGGUUGUACCGUAUGCUUCGGAAGCACAAAUUCUUCGAAGAGUACUUCUACAAGGACAUGGACACAAACUUGCGUACGAAUCUGAAGCGUAUCCUGAAGGGGUUAUAA